UCAAAGGUAACCAAAGCGAGAAUUCGGACAGUGGGCCGCAGGUCUCAGCAACUAGCUCGCUAGGCAGAGGGAGGCCAAGCGAGUAGCAGACGGAGUCUCGAGACCGAAGCCGGAGCGGGAUCCACAGAGCGCAGCCCGCCCGCGCACCCGGUGCAGCGACAGCCUCCGGCGCAGCGCGGCCAUGGAGCCCACCAGCAAGAAGCUGACGGGCCGCCUCAUGCUGGCCGUGGGAGGGGCAGUGCUCGGCUCCCUGCAGUUUGGCUACAACACUGGAGUCAUCAACGCUCCCCAGAAGGUGAUUGAAGAGUUCUACAACCAGACAUGGAUCCAGCGCUAUGGGGACCCCAUCCCGCCCACCACGCUGACCACACUCUGGUCCCUGUCCGUAGCCAUCUUCUCAGUGGGAGGCAUGAUUGGUUCCUUCUCCGUGGGCCUUUUUGUUAACCGUUUUGGCCGGCGGAAUUCAAUGCUGAUGAUGAACCUGCUGGCCUUCGUGUCCGCUGUACUCAUGGGCUUCUCAAAACUGGGCAAGUCCUUUGAGAUGCUGAUCCUGGGUCGCUUCAUCAUUGGUGUGUACUGCGGCCUGACCACUGGCUUUGUGCCCAUGUAUGUGGGGGAGGUGUCCCCCACGGAGCUUCGAGGGGCUCUGGGCACACUGCACCAGCUGGGCAUCGUCGUCGGCAUCCUCAUCGCCCAGGUGUUCGGCCUGGACUCCAUCAUGGGCAACCAGGAUCUGUGGCCCCUGCUGCUGAGCGUCAUCUUCAUCCCGGCCCUGCUGCAGUGCGUCCUGCUGCCCUUCUGCCCCGAGAGCCCCCGCUUCCUGCUCAUUAACCGCAACGAGGAGAACCGGGCCAAGAGCGUGCUGAAGAAGCUGCGUGGGACCGCGGAUGUGACCCGCGACCUGCAGGAGAUGAAGGAGGAGAGCCGGCAGAUGAUGCGGGAGAAGAAGGUCACCAUCCUGGAGCUGUUCCGCUCGGCAGCCUACCGCCAGCCCAUCCUCAUCGCCGUGGUGCUGCAGCUGUCCCAGCAGCUGUCCGGCAUCAACGCUGUUUUCUAUUACUCCACAAGCAUCUUCAAGAAGGCGGGGGUGCAGCAGCCCGUGUAUGCCACCAUCGGCUCCGGCAUCGUCAACACAGCCUUUACUGUCGUGUCGCUAUUUGUGGUGGAACGAGCCGGCCGGCGGACCCUGCAUCUCAUUGGCCUGGCCGGCAUGGCAGGCUGUGCAGUGCUCAUGACCAUCGCGCUGGCGCUGCUGGAGCGGCUGCCCUGGAUGUCCUACCUGAGCAUCGUGGCCAUCUUUGGCUUCGUGGCCUUUUUCGAAGUGGGCCCAGGCCCCAUCCCGUGGUUCAUUGUGGCUGAACUCUUCAGCCAGGGCCCUCGUCCUGCUGCCAUUGCCGUCGCCGGCUUCUCCAACUGGACCUCGAACUUCAUCGUGGGCAUGUGCUUCCAGUAUGUGCAGGAACUGUGCGGACCCUACGUCUUCAUCAUCUUCACUGUGCUCCUGGUUCUGUUCUUCAUCUUCACCUACUUCAAAGUUCCCGAGACAAAAGGCCGGACCUUCGAUGAGAUUGCUUCCGGCUUCCGGCAGGGAGGAGCAAGCCAAAGUGACAAGACACCUGAGGAGCUGUUCCACCCCCUGGGAGCUGAUUCCCAAGUGUGAGGUGCCCCACACGUCCAGCCUGGUCUGCUCCCAGCGGCCCAAGGAUCUGUCAGCACGCAGGCAGCUGGAUGAGACUCUCAAACUGAUAGAUCUCAGCAGAGCCGGGCCUGGGGCUCCUUCCUUCAGCCAGCAGUGAUGUCCAGAAGAAAAUUCAGGACAUUAACGGCUCCAGGAUUUUAACAAAAGACUGUUGCUCAGAUCUAUUCAGACAAGCAACAGGUUUUAUAAUUUUUUAUUACUGAUUUUGUUAUUAUUUUUUUAUCAGCCAGAGUCUCCUUCACCCACAUCCCUGGCUUCACCCUAAACGGCUCAGUGCCUGAGGGUGGGACCAAGCCCUGCCUAGACACUUGCCUUCUUUCCCAAGCUAAUCUGUAGGGCUGGACCUAUGACCUAAGGACACACUAAUCGAACUGCAAACUAUGAGUCUUCUACCCCAAGAGGUGGCUAUGGCCACCCCUUCUGUGGGCCUGGGUCUCCCCAACCUAGGGGUCAGGCUCUGUUAGGUUUUGCCUAUUGCCGUCUCUUCCUACCCAACCACUCAAAUUAAUCUUCCCUUGCCUGAGACGAGUUGGGAGCACUGGAGUGCAGGGAGGAGAGCGGGGGGGCCAGACUGGGCUGCCAGGUGCUAGUCUCCUUUGCACUGAGGGCCAGACAAUCUCCAUGAGAGGAGGGGGGCCAUGGGAAACUGGGAACUCACUAUGCAAGAAGACCUGGACACUCCUGCCCUGCUGUGUAUAGUUGGAAGAUAUUUAUAUAUAUUUUUUGGUUGUCAAUGUUAAAUACAGACACUAAGUUAUAGUAUAUCUGGACAAACCAACUUGUAAAUACACCACCUUCCUCCCUCUGUAACUUACUUAAGCAGAUAUAAAUGGCUGGUUUUUAGAAA